GCACAAUUCUGAGCGAUGUCAAAAAUUAACAGGUCACCUCUAAACACUGUAACAGCAGACGCAGGAACAAGAGUCAAGCAGUCGAGCCAGGGGACAUUAAACCACCAAAGAAGAUGAAUUUCUCCGUUUUAUUGUGCUUAACACUGUCCUGCAGCUUGAUUUUGGCUCAGAGUGACAUUCAUAACCCUGAAACAGGAAAAACCACUGAAAAAGCAUCAUGUUUUCCUUUGUGUGAGCUGCUGAAAGAGCUCAGUGCCAUGAAGGAAAAACUGGGAAUCAUGGAAACCAGGCUGACGGAGAGUGAGAGCCAGAUUCUUGUGAUGAAGGAAAAAGGUCAUACUGAUUUUUAUGCUCUUUUAUUUCAAAUUAAUGAAAUUCAAUUAAUAGACGGAUGACUAUGGUUCGAAACAUAUGUGGUUUCAAUAAUGUGUGUGUCUGUUUUAGAAAAAAACAGAGUAGCAUUCAGCGCAGCAACAGGAGGAGGUAAUAAAGCCAUCGGACCCUUCAGCAGCGCCACAACUUUAAUCUUCAGGAAAGUCUUCACAAACAUCGGAAACACCUACAACACCGACACUGGUACGUUUCUGUAAAUUCACUCUUUAAAAAAAAAAGAAGAUACAAACUUCUUACUCUGACUUCAUAAUUUCUAGAAAUGCUCGAAACUGAACUGGGCACAUAUACAAACUCAAAUGCUGCAGGUGUCAGGGUUGUUGAUAAGAUCUUUCGGUCCCUUACUGUUGAGUUUUUGUACUUAUUAGUUAAUUGAAUAUUUUUUCCCCACAGGUGUCUUCACUGCACCUGUUAAUGGCACCUACUUCUUCACCUUGUUCCAUCAUGCUGGAGGGACACACACAGCGAGUCUUUCCCUCAUCAAGAACAAUGAAGCUGUUGUCAUGACCUACGACCACCCGUCCACACAAGACACCGCUGAUAACGGAGGCAACGCAGUGAUCCUGCAGCUGCAGCAAGGGGACCACGUGAAUGUGCGCUUGGACGCAAAUGCGCAUGUCUGGGGAAAUGACGUCAUUACCACAUUCAGCGGAUUUCUGCUGAGUCAAGACUAGGACUUCAAAUUUAUAUAUGACACAUUUUGUUUUAUUACAAAUAAAAAAACCAGACUUUUUUGAGAGUCCCAGCGAAGUCUCUCAUGUUGUCAAUAAAUAAUAAAAUAAAAAUACCUCAAGUGGUAAUGGCUCAUUUAUUGAUUGUGGAUAGAUUGAUGUGUAUAAUCUAG